AUGAAUAUCAAUUAUUUCUUUAUUAUUUUAAUACUCAUCCAUGUAAGUAGUCACAUAUAUUAUAUUAGAUGUGUAAAAGUUAUAUGUAAUAAUUUCUUGAUCAAACUGAACAAUAGAUGGUCUAUUCAAAAAAAGGAAUAUAACUCCAAAAAAAAAUAUACAGAUAUAUAUGAAAAUAUAAAUAAAAAUAAAAAAAUAUAUGCAAAUAUAUAUAAUAAUAUAUGUAACAAUUUAUUUACAAAAAGAAAUAUAUACAAGUGUUAUAUUAAAAAGAGAAAUAUACAAAAAAAACAAGGUGCCCAUAUAAGGGACAUAAAAGAAAUAUCAAAAAAUGAAAUAAAAGAAUAUAUAAGUAAAGUGAAUUUUUUCAAUUCAUAUUAUUACAAUAGAUACAAUUGUUUCAAUAAAAAAAAAUGUAUAUCCUUUCUAUCAUGUUUUAAGAGAUAUCCUAACAAGAAAAAAUUAUUGAACAAAAGUAUAUGCCACUUAUUAGGAACUAAUAAUGAUAAAUACAUGAAAAAUUUGAAGUCUCUUAAAAAAGUGGAUAAUACAAUAUUAGGCAAAAAAUUUGAUGGUAAGGAAGAUGAAAUAAUUCAUGAGAUACCUGAGAAAUUUUUGAAUGCAUUUAAAUGGGCUUUAGAAUAUAGAUUAAAAAAUACAAAUUGUAAUUUUAUGAGAAGAUUAAAAGUAUCUAGAAAAACAAAAGAACCUUUAAAGAGUUUAGAAAAUUAUGCUGUAGGUUAUAAAGAAAAUUUAUUAGCCAUGCUACAAAAAGAUAAAAAUUUCUUUCUUAAUGUUAUAAAAACAUUAAAAUCUAAAGAAUAUUUUAAUUUUGAUAUUUAUAGUAUAUUUAAAUUCCUUACUAUUGAUAUAAAAUUUUUAUUUUAUCCUUCAUGUCAUGAUGAAUCAGCUCUUUUCUAUCUGAUAUUUGGAAAUCUAGAAAAAGCAAUCGACUUCUUUUUAAAAAAUAAACAUACAGUUAAUUUUUCAUUAAUACAAAAUGAAAAAAAUAAAAACAAUCAAAAGGAAUAUACAAAUUUUAUGCUACAACCUGUAAAGGUUGAUUAUAUAUUUGUUCAAAAUGAAAAAGGUAAGAAUAAGGAGUACAUCAAAGGGGGUGAAAAAAAUGAAUCAGAGGAAGAAAAAAAUGAAUCAGAUAAAAAACAAAAUGAAUCAGAGGAAGAAAAAAAUGAAUCAGAGGAAGAAAAAAAUGAAUCAGAGGAAGAAAAACAUGAAUCAGAGGAAGAACACAAUAAAGCAGAGAAAAAACACAAUAAAACAGAGGAGGUGGAAAAAAAAUUCACAAUAGACAAUCAAGACAUGAAUAUCAAAUCAAGUAUAUUAGAUUCUAAUAAUAUUGCUUUAAAAUCCUAUGAUGAUAUAAAAACAUCAGCAUCUCUAGAAGAAAAAUUCAAUUACUUCCUAAACAACUAUGAAAACAUUGAAUUUUUUUUCAGAAAUUAUUUUAAAAAUACAAAUGAAUUAAAAGACUUUUUUAACAAGAUAAACGAAAAAGAAAAUAAGAAUAUCAAAGAGAUUGUAAAUUUUGAUAUGGAUGGAAAUACAAUUAUAAAAAAAACAGAUGUAUUAGAGAAUGGAAUAAACUUAGAAAUGAUAAAAAAAAUUAUCCACACAUCACCAAGAUUAUCACUUAUAAAUAAAAAUACAAUAAUUAAAAGAUUAAAACAUUAUAAAAAUGAAUUAAAUUAUGAUUAUAAAGAAUUACAACAUAUUUUAUAUAAUAUACCACAAUUUUUUGCAUUUGGUAAUUUAAAAAAAAAAUAUAAAGAAUUAUUAUAUAUACAUGAAAACAUAAAAGAAAAAGAUCUACAAAAAUUAAUUAAAAUAUAUCCAAGAAUAUUUACAUAUAAUAUUUAUAGAACUAUAAGACCAAAACUUUUAUAUUUAAUUCUACAUUUAAAUAAACAAUUUCAUGAUACAUUAUUAUUUCCACAAUAUUUUAGUUAUAGUUUUAGAUUAAGAAUAAUACCUAGACAUAUAGCUUAUAUGAAUAUUUAUUAUGAUGAUUAUAUAAAAUAUUAUAAUGAUCUAAUAAAAAAAUAUAAUUAUGCUGAUUUUAAUAAAUAUUUUAAUGAUCUUGUAUAUAACAAACAUAAAUCAAUACCAUCAAUUGAUCUCAAAUCUUUAUUACAUACAUCAAAUCAGGAUUUUAUAAAACAUUAUAAUAUAUCAUAUUAUGAUUAUGUAAAGGCAACACAGCAAGCCAAACACAUACACAAUCCUUUCAUAAUAUAUUAA